AUGUUGAGUUUUCUCCUUGUAUUUGGUUGCUUGAUUUUGUCAGUGUUUUCUACCAUCCCUGAGCACACAAAACUUGCAUCUCGUUGCCUCUUCAUUCUGGAGUUUGUCAUGAUUGUUGUCUUUGGUUUGGAGUUUAUCAUUCGUAUCUGGUCUGCUGGCUGCUGUUGUCGAUACCGGGGAUGGCAAGGAAGGUUAAGAUUUGCAAGGAAACCUUUCUGUGUAAUCGACAUCAUUGUUCUCAUCGCUUCAAUAGCAGUUGUUUCUGCAAAAACUCAGGGUAACAUUUUUGCAACAUCAGCACUGAGAAGUCUUCGUUUCCUACAGAUCCUCCGUAUGGUGCGCAUGGACCGAAGAGGAGGGACUUGGAAAUUGUUAGGUUCAGUAGUGUAUGCACAUAGCAAGGAACUAAUCACAGCCUGGUACAUAGGAUUUUUAGUACUCAUCUUCUCAUCUUUUCUUGUUUACCUGGUGGAAAAAGAUGCAAAUAACCAGUUUUCUACUUAUGCAGAUGCUCUCUGGUGGGGCACAAUCACAUUGACAACAAUUGGUUAUGGAGACAAAACUCCUCUUACUUGGCUUGGAAGGCUGCUUUCUGCAGGGUUUGCUCUACUAGGCAUUUCUUUCUUUGCACUACCUGCUGGCAUUCUUGGCUCAGGGUUUGCAUUAAAAGUACAGGAACAGCAUCGUCAGAAGCAUUUUGAGAAAAGAAGGAAUCCAGCUGCCAGUUUAAUUCAGUGUGUAUGGCGUAGUUAUGCGGCUGAUGAGAAAUCGGUUUCCAUUGCUACCUGGAAGCCUCAUUUGAAGGCCUUGCAUACCUGCAGCCCUACAAAGAAAGAACAAGGAGAAGCUUCAAGCAGCCAAAAGUUAAGUUUUAAAGAGCGGGUACGGAUGGCCAGCCCAAGAGGACAGAGUAUUAAGAACAGGCAAGCUUCUGUUGGAGAUCGGCGGUCCCCAAGUACUGACAUUACUGCAGAGGGCAGUCCAACCAAAGUGCAAAAGAGCUGGAGCUUCAAUGACCGAACACGUUUCCGACCUUCACUGCGUCUGAAGAGUUCUCAGCCCAAACCAGUGUUAGAUGCUGAUACCACUCUUGGAACAGAUGAUAUUUAUGAUGAGAGAGGAUGUCAAUGUGACGUAUCAGUAGAAGAUCUCACCCCAGCACUUAAAACUGUCAUUAGAGCUAUCAGAAUCAUGAAAUUUCAUGUUGCAAAGAGAAAAUUUAAAGAGACAUUACGUCCAUAUGAUGUAAAAGAUGUCAUUGAACAGUAUUCAGCUGGUCACCUGGAUAUGUUGUGCAGAAUUAAAAGUCUUCAGUCACGUGUUGACCAAAUUCUUGGAAAAGGACAAAUCACAACAGAUAAGAAAAGUCGAGAAAAGAAUACUGUGGAGAAUGAGACAACUGAUGACCUUAGUAUGUUAGGGCGUGUUGUCAAGGUGGAGAAACAGGUACAAUCCAUAGAGUCAAAACUAGACAGUCUAUUAGAUAUCUAUCAACAGGUUCUAAGGAAAGGAUCUGCAUCAGCGCUCACUUUGGCUUCAUUUCAAAUGCCAGCUUUUGAAUGUGAGCAGACCUCUGAUUAUCAAAGUCCUGUGGACAGCAAGGAUUUAUCUAAUUCUUCACGAAUUAGUGGAUGUGUAUCCAGAUCAGCUAGUGCCAACAUGCCGCGUGGCCUACAACUUAUACUGACACCAAAUGAAUUUAGCACUCAGGCUUACUAUGCUUUUAGUCCAGCUAUGCAUAGUCAAGCAACGCAAGUGCCAAAUGAUGGACCUGCAGCAGUAAUAGCUAAUAAUAUAUCAAACCAAAUAAAUCAGGCCAGUAAGCCAACAACUCCAACCACCUUACAAAUACCACCUUUUUCAUCAGUCAAGCAUAUCAGCAGGCCUGAACCUAUUCAUAUUAUCCCUGUGACCACACAGGAAAAUAUUUCUGAUGUCACCGCUUGCCUUGUUGCAUCAAAGGAUAAUGGACAAGUUGCACAGCCCAGUGUGACAAAGAAUCUUUCAUGGAGAAAAAGCCUUGAUACCGAAGGAGAACCUUUGGGCUCUGUUAAAACAGUGCACAUGGAUUUAGGAAAAUCAUUAUCUGUGCAAAACCUUAUACAGUCAACAGAAGAACUGAAUGUACAGAUUGCUGGUAGUGACCCCAGUGGUUCAAGAGGUAGCCAAGAAGUAUACUCCAAAUGGAGAGAGUCUAAAUUAUUUAUAACAGAUGAAGAGUUGGAAGUAGAGGCAGAAACAGAGACUACUGAAGCCAUCUCUCACCCCUUAGUGGAAACAGCUCUCUCCACUGACUCUCUAAGGACUGGAAUAUCAAGAUCAUCUCAAAGCAUUUUCAAGCCAGGGGAUGGUACAGAUUCACUCAGCCUGCCUCAUGUCAAACUUAAAUAGCAACUUAUGGGUUUUCUUCACUGGCUGAGUAAUUCCUUUAGUCAUACAUAUCAUAGCAUGAACUAUUUUG